UGGGCAGUGCAGCCCCUGGCCAGCAACCCCUCGCACCUGGGUUGGGGGCCUUUGUGUAGGGCACACCUGUGCGGCCACACCUACUUGUGGGCCGGACCCUGGGUGUAGAGCCCCAUAGACUCAGCUGUGGACAAAAACCUCACGCCCCAAACAGGGAAAUGGGAUCUCAAGGGGAAGAAGCCAGGGAAGCCUCACACCCUGCCCCCAUUUCCUCCUAUGGGGGGGAGGGGAGCAGCACGAAGCCCUGAGGACUUGGGAGCAUCAGCAGCUUCUGCGGAAGGGGUGGGGCUGAGGGUGGAGAGAGGACAGGAAGGAAGAAAAGGGGAGCUUUCCUGGCCAGGGCAACUGGCACUAAGAGGCCUCACUCCAAGCCCCCGAGGAGCCUGCAGUGGGCCUGGAGACCCAGCCCAGGCCCCUCCCCGACCUGUAAAGUCCCCAGAAGGCGGGAGGUGAACUGGCACAGGCUGGGAACCGGCUGUGCGCUAGCCACUUGAUUUCGCCAACGGCCCUGUCAUUCAGCUGGUGAGGAAACUGAGGCACACACUGAGGUAGAGUGACUUGCCAGUCACUCAGCAAGUCAGCAGGCGGGGAGGACUGAAUCCCAGCCUGAGAGCACCGAAGCUUGUGUCCCUGCAGUACGGAGCCCCAAGCCUGCGCGCCCCAAGCCUGCGCGCCUUGGUGCCCAUCUCUGAGUUGGGCCGUCUUGGAAGGGUUCCCUUCCUCCUCCAAGAUGGUGUGUGAGGAGCCUUCAGUACGACCCAGGGUGUAAAGUGUCCAACUCUAGUCGGGGCUUGAUGGUGUCCCCGCUGAGUCCCAGAAGAGAAAAGACCCCUUCCUGAAGUCCGGGGCUCCCAGGAAGAAACUGGCAUUUGUGCCUUUGCUGCGGCUUCUGGAGGCGGAGACUCUGAGCCCUGGGAGAGCCUUCCGCAGCCCCGUUUCCUCAAAAAUCCAACCUGCCCGGGUGGCGGGUCCUGAGCUGUGCUCAGGAAGCUGGAAUCUGACCCUGGUGGCGUCGGGCCCGGUCUCCAUGGCAGCCGAGCAUUUAUUACCCGGGCCUCCACCCAGCUUGGCAGACUUUAGACUUGAGGCUGGAGGAACUGAACGCGGUUCUGGGAGCAGCGAACGCACGGGUGGCAGCCGGGGCCCCAGAAUGGCCAAGUUUCUUUCCCAAGACCAAAUUAAUGAGUACAAGGAAUGCUUCUCCCUGUAUGACAAGCAGCAGAGGGGGAAGAUAAAAGCCACAGACCUCAUGGUGGCCAUGAGGUGCCUGGGGGCCAGCCCGACGCCAGGGGAGGUGCAGCGGCACCUGCAGACCCACGGGAUAGAUGGAAAUGGAGAGCUGGAUUUCUCCACUUUUCUGACCAUUAUGCACAUGCAAAUAAAACAAGAAGACCCAAAGAAAGAAAUUCUUCUAGCCAUGUUGAUGGCGGACAAGGAGAAGAAAGGUUACAUCAUGGCGUCCGACCUGCGGUCAAAACUUACGAGCCUCGGGGAGAAGCUCACCCACAAGGAAGUGGAUGAUCUUUUCAGGGAAGCAGGUAUCGAACCCAACGGCAAAGUGAAGUAUGAUGAAUUUAUCCACAAGAUCACCCUUCCUGGACAGGACUAUUGAAGGAGGAGAAUGCGAGAGCCUCCCCUGGGCCUGAAAACUUGGAGCGAUUAAUUUUUAAAAAGAAAAGUGUUCUUUUCACUUGGGGGAGAUGGCAAACACAGUGGCAAGACAACAUUACCCAACUACAGAAGAGAGGCUAACUAGCGACAAUAAUAGAUGAUUUCAGCCAUGCAUGGUAUGAGCAGAUCUUUUUAAUAAAAGAUUUGUAUUGAUUUUAUUAACUACCAUGAGUCCGGCCCUUUCAAGCAUGGAAGGAGCCUGUGGUUUGGAGUCUGGCCUGGGUUCCAGUCCUGGCUCUUCUGCUUCCCACUGUGACUUUGGGCAAAUCAUUUCACCCCUCAAAGCUUCGGGGCCCUCACACAAGCUGGAUUCCCACUUCUUACCUCAUGGAGCCUGUUGAGGAAGGAUUGAGCUAAUGACUUAAGGGUAAUCUACCAAGAGACUUACUCUGUAUUUGGGGGCUAGAACCAUCUUCCAUAUUUCCAAGAUGAAGCCAGUGCUAGCUGAGAAGCUGCAACAAACAAAAAGCUGUAACACGACAAUUUUUGCGGUGCCAGAGGCCCAUUUACAAAUUCUCAUUUCUAUCUCAAUAGAUACAGUGACAAAGCUCAGGCUAUUGGUUCAUAAACACAGAGUAUAGAGUGAAAACUUUGUAGAGUGAAAACACAUACUACAAUGAGGCAGCAUCAGCUGAGAGCGGGAAGAGUGAUCUACUUUACACCUCACACCAAAGCAAACCAGAUGUGAGCGGCUGAAUUCACUGGCCUUGCAGAGCUCAAGAAGGGGGCUUCCAAUGCUGUGAGAAUUCUGAGCUGUUCCCUGGGCUCUGUUACCAGGCAGAGAGGUUCCAGGGAGGUCUGCUUAAGUGGCCCACACUGGUCAUAGCCUUAAGCCACUUCCCCAGGACUUAUGGAGAGAAAUAAGGGGAUGGAACCAGCAAUGGCCAGGGUACAACAGCCCUGGAAAACAGUAGUAGGAGCACUAGGCUUUCUGGAAGUCCAUCCAGCUCGAGUGACUUUGAGUUAGCCAGAAGGUGCCAGGUUGGUGCUGCCAGAGAUUCAGAGGUGCCAUACACUUGUCAAAUCUGGAUCAUUUGUAGUGCCAGCACAGUCCUAAAAAGGGCUGGAGGGCUCCAAGUGCAAAGAUUUUCAUGUAUGUAUCAAAAGUGGGUUCUCUGGGCUGCGGCUUUGUCUAGUGGUGCCACAGGCUAAAGCAGAAGAAAACCAAAUCAAACGGGAUGUGUCUUUUGGGAAGAUGUACAAGACACAAAUCUUCCACUAGGCACCGGGCACAGGGAAAACUGCAGGGAGCAAGAGUUGUAGUGUUAGUGCAACUGUCUCAACAAUGCCGUGUGGCUUCAGACCCAAACAAGGCCCUGAGGAAGGAGACUCUCAUUUCCCCAAGCGUAACUGCAAAGGGAGUAAGUGGGAAUUCCUAGGAGCCACAGAGAAGAGUUUUGUGGGGGUGAGAGUAAGUAAAUGGUCGAAAUGCCAA